AUGGUCAAGGCCGUUGUUGCCGGUGCCUCGGGCGGAAUUGGACAGCCGUUGUCGCUGCUCCUGAAGCUCUCUCCGCUCGUCUCCGAGCUUGCUCUCUACGAUGUCGUCAACACCCCCGGUGUUGCGGCUGACCUGUCCCACAUCUCGUCCAGCGCCAAAACCACCGGCUACCUCCCCGCCGACGAGGGCGCCAAGAAGGCCUUCAAGGAUGCCGACAUCAUCGUCAUCCCGGCUGGCAUUCCCCGCAAGCCCGGCAUGACCCGUGACGACCUGUUCAACAUCAACGCUGGCAUUGUCAAGGGCCUGAUCGAGGUGGCUGCCGAGGUCGCCCCCAAGGCUUUCAUCCUGGUCAUCUCCAACCCCGUCAACUCGACCGUCCCCAUCUCGGCCGAGGUUCUCAAGGCCAAGGGUGUCUUCAACCCCCAGCGCCUCUUUGGUGUCACCACCCUCGACAUUGUCCGCGCCGAGACCUUCGUUGCCGAGAUCGCCGGCAAGAGCAACCCCUACGAGCUGACCGUCCCCGUCAUUGGUGGUCACUCCGGCGAGACCAUCGUCCCCCUUUUCAGCAAGGUCGCUCCCUCGGUCACGAUCCCCGAUGACAAGUACGAUGCGCUCGUCAACCGUGUCCAGUUUGGCGGUGACGAGGUUGUCAAGGCUAAGGAUGGCCUCGGCUCGGCCACUCUCUCUAUGGCCUACGCCGGUUACCGGUUUGCCGAGAAGCUUCUCAAGGCCGCUGCUGGCGCCAAGGGCCUCGUCGAGCCCAGCUACGUCUACCUCCCUGGUGUUCCGGGCGGCGAGGAGAUUGCCAAGAAGACCGGUGUCGAUUUCUUCUCCGUCCCCAUCGAGCUCGGCCCCAACGGUGCCGAGAAGGCGGUCGACAUCCUCGGCGACAUCACCGACAAGGAGAAGGAGCUGCUCAAGGCUGCGGUGGCUGGCCUGAAGGGCAACAUCGAGAAGGGUGUCCAGUUUGCCCACAACCCUCCCCAAAAGUGA